CUAGCCACUUUUUUCUCGAUCUACCACUUAUGCUUUGGUUCAUGAUCUGUUGAAAUUUGAAUUUAAUUGGUUGUUUUUGCUUUUUUUUUGGCUGUUAAUUUGAAUCAUUUCUAUGUCAUGUACAAUUUGGGGUUUCGUGUUGUUUCCUUUUGAAUGUUGGAGUUUGAGUUUUAAGUUGUGAAGGAUUUGGGUUUUGUUAUGUGGUAUGUGGCUGGAUAGUAUUGGAUUUUGAAUUUGAACUGAAUUAUUCAAUCAAAUAGUUUGUUUGACUAUGGUCUUGGUUUAUCUGAUAUUUUGAAGCAUUUCAUUGAAAGGAUUUGGCAAACUAGACUUCAUUUUAGAUCCAAAUUUCCAUUGCUUGAGAAUAUCAAAACUGUUUCCGGGUUUUCUAGAUCGUUCUGUGAAAAUAUGAGUGACAAUUUGAUGGAGAAAGUCAGCGCGUUUGGUGAGCGCUUGAAAAUUGGGGGAUCUGAGGUGGGCCAGAAGAUUACUGCUGGCGUGAGCUCUGUUAGUUUCAAGAUGAAGGAGUUCUUCCAAGGUCCGAAUCAGGCUGAUAAGCUUGUCGAGGAGGCCACUGCUGAGACUCUUGACGAGCCUGAUUGGGCGACAAAUCUCGAACUUUGUGAUAUGAUCAAUCAUGAGAGGGUCAGCAGUGUUGAGUUGAUCAGGGGAAUAAAGAAAAGGAUUGUGUUGAAAAGCCCUAGGAUUCAGUAUCUGGCCCUCGUGUUGCUUGAAACUGUUGCGAAGAAUUGUGAGAAGGCGUUCUCAGAGAUUGCGGCGGAGAGGGUGCUGGAUGAGAUGGUGAAGCUGAUUGAUGAUCCGCAGACUGUGGUCAACAAUCGGAAUAAGGCUCUGAUAUUGAUUGAAUCGUGGGGAGAGUCCAGUAAUGAACUUCGUUACCUGCCUGUUUUUGAAGAAACAUAUAAGAGUUUGAAGUCAAGAGGAGUUCGAUUUCCUGCUCGUGAUGAAGAGAGUCUAGCUCCAAUAUUUACUCCUGCAAGAUCUGUGGAAGCAACAGAACCUAAUGCCACAGUUGGACAGCAAGUCCAUUAUGAUAUCCCUGUGCAGAGCUUUUCUGCUGAACAGAUAAAGGAAGCAUUUGACGUGGCAAGAAACAGCAUUGAGCUUCUAAGCACCGUUUUAUCCUCUUCCCCACAGCAAGAUGUUCUUGAGGACGAAUUGACCACCACCCUUUUACACCAAUGCCGUGAGUCCCGUUACACGGUUCAGAAAAUCAUCGAAACAGGUGGCGACAACGAGGCAGUGCUCUUCGAAGCGCUGAAUGUUAACGACGAGAUUCAAAAAGUUCUAUCCAAAUUUGAAGAGAUGAAGACUCCCUCAGGAUCGCCAAAGGGGCCGGAACCUGCCAUGAUCCCGGUCGCUGCUGAGCCCGAUGAUUCACCUGCAGCCGGCAAAGAAGAAUCCCUCGUCAGAAAGCCUCGGUCGGGCAGCAACGGCGGGAACAACAAUGAGAUGAUGGACGAUCUAGACGAGAUGAUCUUCGGCAAGAAGUCUGGCGGCACGUCGGAGGCCGGGGCGCGAGAUGCAAAGAAACAGCAGCCACCCAAAGACGAUCUAAUCUCCUUCUAAGUUGGAUUACUUAAAAACAUGAUUGAUAUUGGGUUUGUUGAUACUUUUGACAUCUGAUAUACUGGACUCACCUUGAACGAUAUACCACUGUGCACUCUAUUUUCUUUUUCUUUUUCUUUUUCUUUUUCUUUUUAAAUCUUAAUCUUUUAUAUUUUGAAAGUUGGGAGUCUAGUUUAUUGAUAUCCACGCUAGUUGUGCAUGAUAUUUGUAGUGGAACUACACUGGAUGUAAUUUGCCUAUCAUUGAUCUUUUAUGAUUUAUAUGAAGAGGUUGUUUUUAA